AUGUGCCACUCACUUGAGAUGCCUUCUUUGGUGGUGCACCCUGUGGCUAAGGGGCUCGUGGUUUUGCUCUUCAGUUUGCUGAAGGUGGCAGGUGAUUCUAGCGUGCUGAAGCCCUUAGCGCACAGCCUCUUCCUCGAGUUCUCCACCUUGAAGCUUUCUUUGCCCUUGCACUCGCUGUCCGUGGACCCCAAAGCGGCUGCUGCUGAAGACCUUCAAGAUGUUUUGCGGACGAUGGCUCGCAUUGCAGGCCCCUCCCUCUCGAAAGCAACAGGCCCGUCGAUCGAGAUCCUUCAGAAAGCCAAGGGCGAUUACGAGGCUCUCCAAGCUCAGCAGCCAGAAAAGACGCCCAAGACCGAAGUGAACAGUGACGCUGCCACUGCCACUGAAGGGAAAACUUUUUGA